UUGUACUGUGAAAAGUGGACACACUAUGACUAUUGCCACAUGCAUGACAAACCAAUACGAUUGAUUGUCAUUAUUUAAAAUCAUCACCAUCCAAAAAUGAUCUCCGACGAAACUUCAAAUUUGUCAUCUAUCCAACCAGAGGAAUCAAAUAGUUCACUGGAUAAAGUUGAUAAUAAUGUAAUUAACCCGUUGUCGAACACUAAUGAUGAGGAUGAAAAAAAAGAGCAACAUGACAGUCGAAUUGCCGAUGAUGAUUCUUCGCUCGAUGUACUUGUUGUUGAAUCGAAAUUAUGCCCAGAAAUGAAUCCAGAAUCAAAUGAUUCGGUCAGCAAGAAAGAAAUGGAAGCUAUUCGAAAUAGCUAUGAAAACAAACUCAAAAAGCAGCAGUUGGAAUCGACUCGCAAGGAAAAUAUAUUGAUCAUGAGAUUGACACUUAAAGAUCAGGAACUUCAAGAAUGUCUGGCCCAGAUUGAAGCAUUGAAAGAACUUGAACGUCCAUCGAUUAGCAAUGCCGAAUCGCUGCAUUUAGAUCCAGCCUUUAAUUAUAUAUUCGAAAAAAUGAAAAAAGAAGUCGAUGUGUCCAAAUCGAGGGUAGAGGAAAUGCAAAACGAUAUGAAAGCUUGGAAAUUUACUGCUGACAGUGCACACGGUAAGCAGCUGAUGGCCAAAUGUCGAUCUCUACACGAUGAAAAUGAAGAACUAGGCAAAAUGAUUUCCUCUGGUAAAAUCGCCAAAUUGGAAAGUGGAUUGGCUAUGCAUAAAAAUUAUUCCGAAGCAUUAAACAAAAGCCAAUCCGAAGUGGAAGAAGUUGUUAACGAAAUCGAAGAAACUGUCGAAGGAUUUCAGAACACUAUCUACUAUUUGCAGCAACAACUCAAACAUUGCAAAGACAGAUGCCAUCAAUUGGAGCAAAUAAUUCAUAAUUGUAAUGGUCAUUGUAAAAAUCAACUUGUACUCGACACGGCAACCAAUGAUAAUGGAAACGAUGAUGGCCAGCAGCAGAUUCAAACAUCAUUGCAGAUCACAACACAAAUUGAAUUGAAUGGCUGUGUAAAUAAAUUUUGAUUAAUUUUAUUAUUAUAAUAUAUAUAUUGACUAGA